AUGUCUCUUUACGGCGACUUACCUCCUCCUACACAUUCAACGCCCAGUACCGACAAAGAGGAAACGCAACAAUCCGCACUAGAAACGCAAUCUACGAGUUCGAAAACUUCAAAAUCUGCUCUUCCAGUAAUGAAUCCAACUCAAAAUCAAAUCACUCACCUGAAUAACAUUUCGACACGAACGAAAUACGUGUGCCGAAAAUGGGUUUUAUCAGUUGGUUGGACUCCAGGGACUUUACGUUUUAUGCCUACUAUUCAGAGGAAACCUGUUAUUCAAGCAAAGCCAAAACUUAUUCCCAAGGCCUCUGUAACUUCUCCAAACCCUCCCACCGUAUCGACUUCUUCUUCAAGCCAAAACAACGCUCCAACUUCUAAUCUAAACAGUGUCAUAUCAACUCCUCCUCCCACUACUACUGUCUCUACUGAUAGUGAGCCUAUCGCCACGCCUAGUUCUACGUCAAUUUCUUCUCCAAAACAAUUUUUAGGUUCCGACGACGUUAAUGAUUAUAAAACCCAUGUGAAUAACCAACGCAAUCAACGUAGCGCUUUUGAAAAA